GGAUAUCCGUACCUAGCUAGUUUAUCAAAAUGCUCAAUUUGGACUUCGGUGAGGAUUGAACAAAACGCGGUCGUUGAAAAGUUGGGACAAAUGGAAUGAUGGGAUGCCUAUAGGGUGCACGAAACUUUGGUAAAAGGUUGUCCGAUCGACCUGAUUGUCUUAUUUUUUUCAUUCUCCUUAACUUAUGGAUUCCACGGUCAAUAUCAUUCUACCCUGCUAACCUUAUGACGUCCUCCCAAUGCCUCACCCAUUUCCAUCCCUCAGCCAUUUCAGUCUUUAUGGGAUUUAUUGGAAUCCUUAAUUUUAGUUUACUUUUUAACAGAUCGCUUGCCCCGAUCGAGAUCGUAAAAAAGUUAUCAGUCAAAAAUCAUCCAAAAAAGUCAAACAUUAGAAAACUUUAAAGCAGUCGUCAUUUUACGUGUUUAUUUCCCGGGGCAAGCGAUAUUAUAUGAUUUGAUCCUACAUUUCGUACUAAUAAAACAUAGAAAAAAUUGUUAUCACAGUAAACCAAUUUGAAAACUUAACCAAAACAAAAACGAAGUAUGGCUUCAUAGUGAAAUUUUAACUGUUUUCUGGGCAAAUAAUAAAAAUAUCUAAUGAGAUGUUUAUUAGUGGCUACGGCAUUAAAAAAGGUCCGUAGAUAAUAAACUAAGUGAUGUUCUAUAAAACGGAUAGAUUUAUUUGCAGGUUAAUUAAUCUGUUAUUUAUGUGAUGGAUUUCUGAUUCGUGAAACCAACGGGAUGAAAAUGCGCUGGAUUUUUCCUGUGCCAGUCCUCCUCAUGUCAUGGUUUGGAGUGGACGACGUGAAGGCAAACUCAUGUAUUCGAACUGCACGCACGAUAUACUGUUAUGAGUGCGACAGCUGGACGGAUCCCAGAUGCAAGGAUCCAUUCAACUACACGGCGUUGCCUCGAGAUCAGCCGCCAUUGCAGACCUGCAAUGGAUGCUGUGUCAAAAUGGUGCGGUAUUCUAAAAGCCCGUACGAGGUGGUCCGUCGGACGUGCACAUCGCAGUUACAGAUAAACCUCUUCAUGGUGGACCACGUUUGCAUGAUGGAAAGUACAGGCAAUGGUCACAUGUGUUUCUGUGAGGAGGAUAUGUGCAACGGCGCAGCUACUGUCUCUAACAUUUUAGCAUUCGCACUGGUCAUAAUAGCAUGUGCAUGUAGGUGAAGUAGCUAGGAUCGGUCGACUCGAAGGAAAUUUUGUGGGAAAUACGAAAUUUAAAGAGGAAAUUUAAAUUUAGGGUGGAAAUUUACCCUGAUAAAUCUAACCAGUAUUUUAACUGAAGUACUCCAGAGUAAUGUGGCGAAAGAGUUCUUUAGUUAAGAUAGAUUUGGAUUGUCAUAUUUAUGAUUGUUGUGAAUAUUUCGAGAGUAGGCUAAUUUAGGAGUGCGAUUAAAUUUAACGGAAGUGUAAAAAUGUGUUUAAAUUUCGUUUAGCGAUUUUGAAAUUUAAACUUAGGAUUAUGCGAAAGUUCAAAUUAGAUACGAAUGUUCAUGUAUAAGUGAAGAAUGCAAAGUGAUGUGCGAGUCACGAUAAAUUAGGUGAUUUAUCGAGUCGAUCGACGCUGCAACACUAGUUUUUAAUUAAUUUUCGUCCAAUUGUAGAUGUAGAACGUGAAAAUUCACGGAAACGCAUUUUCCCUAAGGACUAGGCUUUGCUUCAUUUCUCAGAUACAAUCGCUUGCAUUCAAACACUUCGAUUCAUUCACAUUGAUAGGUCAAGUGAUCAGUUGUCAACUGACAAAUUUACACUUUGACACAUAUAAGGUAUCCGUCAAGUGGUCAGUUGUCAGCUGUCAAAUUUACACUUUACAUGGCCAUUUUUCAUUGUCAACUUAAUUAGUCUUGGAACUUAAAUCAUGACUUUAUUAAUUUUUAAUCCUUGUAUAUAUUAUUCUAAGGUUGUAAGACAGAGUGUAAAUAGAAAGAUGAAGAACUAUUUGACAGUUAUGUAUACUUGAUUUACGAAAUAAUAUAAUCAAUGUGUGCGUAAUUUGGCGUGUUUUAAGUGAGUGUUAGACCUUUGUACCCAUGUACUCGUGGCAGACGUCAGAAGUUAACCGCAAAAUUUAUGUCACUUUAACACUUUACUUUCAUCCUUAAAUAAACCAGUCUCAUGCAUUUGGUUAACAAAUAUUCUGACGUGAAAACAAUGUCUGAUAUGUGAACUGUCAACUGUCAAAGUCAUUUUUCAUUAAUUCGAUCGAUGGAGCUAAAAAAAAAUAUCUUGUAAAAUCAGACACACUGGCAAUUUACCACUUUUCUGUUUCUUAAUGUCAAUUGUCACUUCAAAUCUCUUAUUGUUCUUAUCUCUUUUAACUUCUUCUCUCUCUCUUCACUAGAAGCAUAUUGAAAACUAUUUAGUCUGGUUUAGUGGACUUAAUAUCCAAGAAUCGCUUUAAGUAUUUGGAUAAACAAAUUGUAGUGAAUACAAUUCGUUAAAUAUAGUUGACAAAUAUAGAUUAUAGAUAUAUUUUGUCUAUUUCAAAGACAAUAUAUAUACGUAGAUAGAAUGUAAAUUGAACGGGGAAUGCUGACGUUGCCUCGCCACCGCUUUACAAUACGAUUUAUUUGAAAAGUAUUUCUCUAUAAAUUCAACGAUAAUACGUUGUUAUGCAAAUGUCAUUUGACAGUUGACAUUAAAGAGAUACUAUUCUCUUGAUAUAUGCUUCGAAUAGCUAUUACUAUGUCCUUUCUUAGCCAUGUUUUCAUAAAUAUUUGUCAAAGUUAAGGUUAAAUGCAAUGCAAUCUUAGCCACUGAGCGGCCCUACUGAAUUGUUCGUAACUACUGAGUUUCCCCUUCGUCCCUAGUGAGUGUUUAAGAAAUACAUAUUCCUUAGCUACUAUUCUCUAGCUAAUUGAGGCAUAUGCUAAUAGAAAACGAUAAAAUACAUUAGUUUAGUGAUGGAAUCGCUUAAAACUUACCUAGACCAAAAGAUUUGCUCAUAGACGCACUUUAGAUAGAAAUUUUGAAAUGGACUAGCGUGAACUGCCGAUUUGUAGGUAAAUCGAUGUAUUAUAUUCGAUUGAGCGAAGUUAAAUUUAUAUAUCAGAUUCGAAUUGUGUAAGAACAGUUCGUUUAGUACGAAUACUUGUAUACGUACUAAUAUAUGCAUGCGGUAUGUCAAAGAUCGAUGGAACGAUGAUAAAGAUAAAAUAAAGAAUACAUCAUUGAGCUAACGAUGUUACAAGAAAAAUAUAUAAACUAAAGUUAUAAUGGCCCCACAUGGCAAGACGUACAGAAAAUUGGAGGAAGAACUGGUGCCCCAGGUUCAAUAAACUAUAAAGAGGAAGACAGUGUAGAAGGUGGCUAGACUAAGGAAACGGCUGAUACAUGGCUAAGAGUGGCGCAGUGCGGACGGGAAUGGCGGGAUUUGGAAGAGCCCUUUGUCAGAAAAGAGCAAACAGAUACCUAAAAAGAAUGAGAUAGAAAUGUAAAUGUGUUUAUGUGUAAAAGUAUUUGAAUUGAAAGACAAUUAUUACGACAUUAAGGUACUCAAUUGUUAUAAAAAUGAGUGUGACCUAGGUUCAAUAAUCUCCCAACGUAAAUCCCCUGCCGUAAAGGAUCGGGAAAAUUGAAAAUUCAAAUGACCUUGAACAUGUUUUACAUUGCCGAAGCGUGAGAAAUAAACCAAUUAUUAUAGGCUACACUUAUGUAAGAGAAGCCUGACCAUUGGUAUUACCACCUACAUAUUAAUCGGAUAACAUUGUCUUAAAAUUCUUGAAACAAUCUUUGUCUGCGAUUCGAAGGCCUUCUGAAUCUAUUGGAGCAUCUGACGGAUCGAAUACUAAACGGUCGAUGCACAUGAUAAGUUCGAAUGAAAAUUUUCGUCGUCAUUGGUAUCUUACAUUACAUUCGACUUUUCUAAUCAUUUCUACCUUAAUGGAAGCUUUUAGGUUUAAUUUAGGUUUUCGCUCCCUGGAACCAUUGUAAGGGCAAUAUAAUCUCAAUAAGCAAAGUCAAAAAGAAAUAAAAUCGGAAGUGACUAUUAUUUUUGGCCUGCCCUGAAUAAUGCCUGAUCAGGCAGAUUGGUGCCGAGACUAGUCAGCAGAGGAGUGUUAAACCUCCCCUUAUCUAAAAAGUGACUUUACUUACAAGGCUUGGCGUCUCCCGCCGAGCUCGGGUGACAACUAGCCCGGAAUUAUCCUCAUGGUAUUCAUGGGCAAGUCGGAGUUACGUCUUGUCCUAUAUCUGAUAUAUUUGACUAAUUUAUGGCGGAAUUCCAUGUGACUAUUAAAAUGUAUUCUAAUAGACUUUCGGUCCUGUCGUCGCUUGAAACAUAUCAUAAGAUGUGAAAAGUUUAAACUGAGCUCAAUUCUAAUGCGUAGAGAAUUUCAUAAGAAACUAACCAGCCAUCCCGUUGAAAAUUACCAGCUCAUGCGAUCUUAUGAGCAUCAUUGAUAUGACAAUUAAAAUAAAGAUUAUCCGUUUAAAAUGUAACAAUAAAUAAAUAAGUGAAGUAAAAAUAAAAAGCUAAUGUUUUCUAGCUGUUAACAUGUUAAAUAUAAAGUAAAUGUGUUAAGUAAUAUUUAUUAUACUCGGCGAUAGGAUAUUUAUUUAUUUACAGCUUCUCCUUCGAUAAAGACCUCUAAAAUUGUCGAAUCGUGGCGUUGACUAACGUUGCGAAUCCACAUUGGAUAUAUAUAAACACUUGUUUUAGUUAACCAAACCAAACAUAACCAAACAUAAUCUAAUACAUCAGAUGUUUAGUUAUGGUGAUCAACGCGUCCUGUGACACAUAGGCCUCUUCCAGCUGUUAGCUCUUGUCUAAUUUGUGUGUCCUAUUCUCUUCAUAUCGUCAGCCCAUUUCAUUCUCUGUCUACUUUUCCUUUGUCGUGCUUCUGCAAUAAUUGUUGUCCAUUUCAACUUGCUUUCUCUCGUCAUAUGGUCCAGCGCCUUUUAAUUCCCUAAUUUUCAUAAUGUCUCCUACGCUGGUCGUUCAUCUUAUCUUUUCUACUUUUUUACCCAAAUAGAUUAUAUUUUAAACAUUAUCAUGUAACACGAUACAAGAGAUGGAUAUGAACGACAGCACAAUAAAAGAGACCGUGCCGGCUUUAGGGGAAGGCAAUCAGGUCUACAGCCCCGGGGCCUCCACAAAAAAUCCUCCCUAUAGAGUCUAAUAUUGAGUUGAUAUUCUUACACAAUUCGAAAAGUAUAAUUUCGAAGCAAGUACAAAUUUGAAACCAGUAUUGUACCAGUAAUCUUCGCUUACUAUAUAGCUAUUGAUCGCUAGUUAGGUUACACAUAAGUUAGGAAAAUAAACACCAAUUAAUCAUUAAAUUCGAUUGUAAAUUUAGUCUUAAAAUAGUUCCAUUUUAAACUGUCCUCUACUUUGUCUCUCGCUCGCAUUUACACACUAUACUACUCCUACAGUUACAUUUAACAAAACUUCUCACUAUUUCGUUCAUGUCAAUAACAGAUACGAAGUUGUCAGAAGCAACUCGUACCAGUGAAUUCAAAUAGUUAUAUACAACGACUGGAUGGCAAAUUUGAGCAAAGCUUAUUUGGAACUAAAGAACUAAUACAGCGCGAUAAUGUUAGAUUCUGACAGCUAGAACGUACAUAAAUAAUCUGUAUAGUGUUAGCCUUUAAAGAAACAAUAUUUUAAUGGCGGACGUGGUAUCUCGCUCGUACAGUCGUUUUGUAGUAGCACAGCGUACCAAAAGCAAUAUUGCUCUGUCAAUAUUUAAAUUAAGAAUAUCAAGCAUUGGGCCACCAUUUUCAUAUUGUUUAUAAUUAAUUGCUACGAAUAAUAAAUUGUUCUGCUCAAAACUGUUCAAAUCCAUUUUUUGUUAGAAUUUUUGAUUAAAUUUAUAACUUGGGGAGUAGUGCGGUGCAUAUUAGAAAAGGACGCUAGCAUAAAAAUAACACUUGCUCAUAGGUUAUAGUGUUGUUAUACGAUGUUAUUUUUCACUGUUCUUUUACCGGAUUUAAAAACUUUCACUACACUCGCGUAGUUGCUCUUUGUUAACAAUUAUGUGACAAAUCGACUCAAAAAUUUAAAGAUAGUGAUCAGAGUCUUUUGAAAUACUACUCAAGUAUACAUCCUGGUUAUUACCAACGCAUUCCCUUCUAACGGCUCUUGGUCGAGUUAACAUUUAACAACUCCGCGAUAUGUGGUGUUAAGAAAUUCCUAACAGAUGCAAUAUUAAUUAGUAUUAAUUAUAGAUAGAUAAAUUCUUCCAUAAUUUAAUGCGAAAUGUCUUGGUUUGCAUGUUUAUUUUAAGCAUGGACGUGCACUGUAGUGGGGUGGACACAUAUCAAUCCAUUAAAAUUGUAUGCACCAAAAAACUUUAACAAUAUUUUUGUAAAGGCUUUAGGCGUUGGAAUAUUUAUAGUUUGACAAGUGAAUUAUGAUCGCAGUUUGCUCAACAGGUAUGUCAACAGAUCUUGUCUUGAUAAUUUGAUUGGUGCUACAGGACAUUCAUUCAUAUCACCCUAGCGUUAGAUUUUCUCUAUUUAGAUUUUAACAUAUCUUAAGGGCUAUGUAAUGACAGAGUCAGCAGUUCUUAUUACUACCAUUUGUAAGUGCUGAGUUUGUACAAAUAUUGCCCAGACGCACUGUCGGCAUGAGCGGAAUGCGUUGAUCAAAACUAAUCUUUUAUGACAUUAAAUUAUGAUAGCUCUAAAGUUCGAUAAGUCGGUGGUUCUCAUUAAUAAGUUCCAAAUCAAUUUAGUAACAUUAAUUUAAUGUCGUGAUCAACAGAAAAUAGCAUUAAAGUAGCAGAUAAGCUUUCACUAAUAAUUUCACUGUUAUUUUUAACUGCACUGUUAUUUCGCUUGAAAAGACAGUUAACGAGUGGAAACUGCUAUCGGCUAUUUUUUUCUGUGCUGGUCACGUGAUCAAGAGUGAGUAAUUUAUAUAUGUAUAUAAUGUAUCAAACUUAUGUACUGGUGGAGUUAGAAUAUCAAUAGCAUUAAAUAAAAUGCAUGCAAUCAUCAAAUUGGUAACGAAACAGUUUUUUUUUCAUGGAGGCAGAUGAAAAUAGCCGAUUAGUUUCAAAAGAAAUAAUGUGACCUGUUUGUUAUUUUUCUUGUGUAAUCAUGGUCUACCUGUCAACGUUUUUGACAAAUGAUAGACUACACCAUUUUGGUAAAUCAUUUCGUUCUGAAAUAGCUCUUAUUACUAAGUUUUCAAGAAAAUCUUUUAUUACCAGGAUAUUUUGGAAUUGUCAUUUGUCAAAAACGUUUGUACGUCAAGUUUAGUCAGGUUUAAGAAAGUUUAAGACGUUCAAAAUGCAUAAAUAUUUACAAUUAUUAUUUGUUUUAUCUGUAAAACAAAUAGUCACCGUUUUAAAUGGGACUACUUUAGCUUUACGAUCACUAUUUAAUUAACUAAUUUUAUCCUCGUAAUUUCAAAUUAUACUUUAUUGUCAAUAUUUUUGUAUUUAAAGUAUUAAUAAGUUUUCUGGUUUUCCAAUAAUUUAUACAACGCUGCAAAUGAAAACAAAAUGGCGCUCCAGCUCCUAUUUUAUUUAAUUUUCUACUUACCUAAUUAUGACAGUGUUACAAUUAUUAUUUAAAUUAAUCGUUGUGAUACGCCCACGUUAUUCUCACAGUAGUUUUAAAUUAAAACUAGUGCCACUAAAUUUGGCGCGAACUAAGACUGUCGUCAACCUGACAGUUGACAGUGUUAGCUCGCCUCUGAAGGUGUCAAAAGGUGUGUUAAUUUUUAAAUGUAUGUUAUUUAAUAUGUAAUUGAGCAAUAAUUAUAUUAUGUUAUAUAAGUUGAAAUAUUACCAAUUCGACUGGAAAAAUUACUUUCAACGCUUGAGUUAAAAUAAAGAUUUUUGUUAAUAAAACAACUGAUUUUCAAGUAAGUUUCGGCAUAGGUCAAGGGUGACUGUGAUCAAGGUUUGCAUAUAAAUAGAAAAUCCUAUAAGAAUACGCCUUUUUAGCGUUAAUAGUUAUUUUUAAGUUACAUUGGACGCAAUUUGAUAAAAUUGUUUAGAUUUUAUUUGUUUUGGAUUACUCUGUGGUGACAUUGAGUUUAUCAAAACAAUAACAAAAUUGUACAAUUAAUUGACUUAUAAGUAAUAUAUAUAUCACAGGCUGUGAGCGCGCAUUGUGUUAAGUACUUGGCAAUUGAUGAUUUCAACUUGGAAUGUUUUGUGACACAUAUCUAUGGCUGAUUUUUUUUGAUGACGUCAGCGCAAUAUAUGCCUACGGUAUUUCAAAAACGUGUGUAUUGAUAUACUGAAGUCAAACUUAGCGUUAAGCUUUAACUAAAUAUUAUCUAGUCGAUAGUCUAAGGGGUGUAGACUGUCAUCUGUCAAAUAAGUCUGUCAAUUUUAAGUUAGCACAGUGCCAUAUAAUUUUCAGGUUUAUUAAAGGUGUGAAAUUUGUUUUUACAAUUGUCUAAUUAGCACAUCAAAGCCUGUCAGACAUAGUCUACCAGCUUUAUUAAUUUCAAAUCACCUUUUAAUCAUAUCAAUAAUGAUGUUAACAGCGCGACAGAUAGGGAAACGCUUGAUAAACGUCACGCUACGACAGAAAUUUAUGAAUAGAUUAAUUAAACAAAUAGUACUCAUACAAUUUCCAUUCAUAGACCCUAAAGCCCCGCUUUACAUCGGUACUCUGUUUUUGAUUAAAAGAACGCAAAUAAUAAUUGGUAUUAAAGCUGGAGUAAGCUCAAAGUAGCGUAUUUUUUUGCAUUUUAUCACGCAUAUUGACAUUUCUCAAGCGUUUUCGUUCGAAAUGUAUUUAGUCUGUGGCGUAUUAGUUCAUAGCCAAUAGCUACAAUGUACCAGCAGAUUACAGAAUAAAGCUAUUUUGCUGACAAUAA